AUGACUAUUAAUCAGGAAGGCUUGUUUAUAAAUCCAUCUAAAGCUUUUAUUUUAAUUGAAGGAAGACUUCUAAAAGCAGAUGGAACAUCUUAUGCUAAUGCAGAUGCUGUAACACUUGUAAACAAUGGUCUUAUGUACUUAUUUACUAGAGCAGAAUAUCAAUUAUCUGGUCAAACUGUAGAAAAUAUUAAUAAUUUAGGUAGAACAACUACAAUCUUAGGUUUGCUCAAAUAUCCUAUUAACUUUCAAAAUGUUCAAGGUAUGAACCAAUUAAGGUACAAAGAUUCAUCAACGACUGCAGCAAUUGCUACAAAUUUAGGAUUUGCAGCAAGACAAUCUUAUUUAAUUCAAGAGCCAAAUACAAAAGGAAAAUUUUCCUUUUGUGUUCCUCUAAAACAUAUUUUUGGAUUUUGUGAUACUUAUGAUAAAGCUUUUUAUGGAUUAAUACAUACACUUACUCUAAUUAGAGAAAGUGAUAAUAAUGCAAUUUUUAGAGCUGCAGGUACAGCUGCUGGACAAGUCAAUCUUACUAAAGUAUCACUUUUUAUGCCACAUAUUAAACCAUCUCUUGAAUAUGAACUUAAGCUUAAUAAAGAAAUUGAAUCAAAAGUACCACUUCCAUUAUCUUAUAUUGAAAGACGUAGUGAACCGAUAAUUGUUCCACAAACUACUGAUUUUACUUGA